AAUUGUAAAUAAAACCUAUGCGGAUUCUAUUUUCAGAUUAGAUUACUGUGCAAUUUUAAUAAGUUGGUGCUUUGGUAAAUUUAGCAAUGGAAAAUCUCUGGCUAAAAAUGAUAUGGAUGCACUGUGCCGCAUUGCGUUACAUGCUUUGCAUUUUACCACAAACUGGAUAUAUUUUUCCGGACGAAUUUUUCCAAUCCCCAGAAAUCAUGGCUGGAGAUAUUUUGGACAUUGCAUCGUUUAAGACUUGGGAGUGGAAUGAUAGCCAACCAGCGCGAACCAUUAUUUUUCCGCUUAUAUCUUCUGGUAUACCGUACUUGGUGCUAAAAUACUUGGCUGGAAUAUUUGGCCAUCAAAACGUUAUAACUCCAUACACAAUGCUGCUAGCUCCAAGAUUAUGGAUGACAACGUUAAGUUUCAUAGUAGAUGCAUUAAUAUACAGACUUGCUGUAAAGUGCUAUAACGGUAAUGCAGUAAAUGCUAAUGUAGCAGUUAAUUUAUUUGCCACGUCAUACGUGUGUUUUGCGUACUGCACAAGAACUUUUUCGAAUUCAGUGGAUCUCAUUUUUCUCGCAAUCCUUUUAAACCUGGUAGCUGAACCUAUUGGGAAAGAACAUAAUGUGAAAAACUUACUGGACAUAAACAUUAAGGGGUAUUUUAUCGCGACAAUAAUUUUUACUAGCUUUCACAUAAGGCCUUCCUCAAUGUCUUUUGCUGCAUUUCCUGUUAUUAUGUGGGUUUUUCAAAAUGUCUCACUGAGCAAUAAUAAGGCUGUAUUUAAAUCAAUAAUUGACACAUUCCUGAGGGUAUUUUCUCUGUAUCCAGCUGCAUUAGUUUGUAGUGUAACUUUCGCAGUUUGUGAUGGAUUGUAUUUUGACCAAAAUGCAGUCAUGCGAUUUCCAUGGGACAAUUUAAACAUCGAAAACCUCAUUAUUUGGUUCAAAUCUCUUCCAAGUACAUCUCUUAACAACCUGAAGUACAACUUAAACAGCUCAAUGCUGGAACAACAUGGGGUUCAUCCACUUUACACUCAUAGUCUUGUCAACAUGCAGUUACUAUUUGGUCCAUUAACUGUUUUGAUGCUGAAAUCAAUCUAUAGUACUAUAACUGGUGCUCAUGGCAACAAAAAGUUGUUGUACUUGUUAAUUGGGACUUUGUUUAGCACGGUGUUCAUUUUGUCCUUAAUUCCUCACCAAGAGCCAAGAUUUAUCUUGUCAGUUACAGUACCUAUCGUUAUUUUGUGUGCACCCUACUUUCACCCAUUGAAAGAGAGAAAAGCUUUGGUUUCUCUUUGGCUUCUUUUUAACAUGGCUGGUUUUGCAUUCUUUGGAGUGAUCCAUCAAGGUGGUGUGCUACCAGCUGUAGAAUAUAUUCAUUCUGUUGCCAAAGCUCAUCAAGAAACAACUGGAAACAAUGGUGUUCAGUUUGUGUUUUAUAAAACAUACAUGCCGCCAUACCACCUAACAGCUUGGCCUUCCCAUUCAUUUAACUAUGAAAUGUUUCCCAAAGGAAACCCAGAAAUUGUUUUAAACAUUCUGGACUUGGCAGGGAGUUCGCCACAGCUUUUAAAAACUUAUCUGCGUUCAAUCAACACUCGUGUAUUACGGACUUAUCUGGUUGCACCAAAUUCUCUCCCAUGCUCUCUGACGAACCAACUACAUGAGGAAUUUAAAAUGCAGAUUGCUUAUCAAUACUUCCCACACUUCAGUUCGGAAAAUUUACCUUUUUCACCAGAAAGAUGCAAAUAUGUUCACGAUAAAACUUCUAGUCCUUUGUCACUUGUGUUGGAGAAAAUGUCUUUAAACAUUUAUUCAAUUGAAUCUAAAUUGCCCAUCUUACCUGACUCUGACACGCCUAUAAAAAGUUUUGGCAACUCUCAUAUCAAAUCUGAAUCAAUUGUCCAAUACACUGUUACCCAUCCUAAAAUAAAUACAAGUAAACUGUAAAGUUUUGCUGCCCCUUCCAUCAUUGCAUUAUUAUGCAUGUAGCGUAUAUAUCAAACUUUUACAUUGAGUUUAAAUGGCAGAAUUUUAAACUAUGAAAUACAGUCCUAACUUAAGUGUGUUUUGUUCUAUUGUUGUGUUUACUGUAACUUUUGCAUUCACAAUUUAUUACUCAGCUAUGCUAAUUUCAGAUGUUUAUUUAAUGAAUUCUGUCCGUACUAAAGUCUACGCCACGCAUUUUACUGUAGCUUUUUGAAUGUUCCCUAAGCAUACAUGACCAGAUAUUUUAUUGUAGGUCAAAAACAAGCUGCAACUGCCAAUUUGCCAAUUUAUUACUGUAAUUUAUUACUGUAACUAUACAACAUAAAGUGGACUAAAA